UGUCCGUUGCUUUAGAUUACAAGGAAGAGCACGAUGAUCGAUUUCCUCCCUUUGAGCUCCUCACUAGGUUUGUGUGCAGGGAGGCGAAGAAGCGAAACGACCCUAGCCUCGCGGGUCCAGGAAGCAGUACGAUUUACACCAAGCCAAGUAGAUCCUCUUCGAAUGUUUUCAACAUUGAUAAACCCGUCUCAGUGCUCAAGACUGAAGCCCUUACAACUAACAACGACCCUAGCAAGUAUUGUCCAUUGCAUAACAAACCUCACCCCCUCAAAGGAUGCAGAAUGUUUAGGGAAAAACCCCUUGCAGAGAGGACGGCCCUUCUCAAGGAGAAAAGAAUAUGUUUUAGAUGCUGUUCCUCAACCUCUCACCUCACCAGAGAGUGUACGAUCGCCGUGAAGUGUCCGGAAUGUGAUAGCCCAGAUCACGUCGGGGCCAUGCAUCCUGACCUGUCACCGCAAACUGACGAUGCUCCUUCACCCCCACAACAGGACGGCGGGGAGGGAGAGGCUCACCCCAGGACAACAGUUGUCAGCUCGAACUGUACAGAAGUUUGCGGUCAAGCUCAGUCAAGCCGUUCUUGUUCCAAGAUCUGCCUCACUAGGGUGUACCCUAAAGGAGCCAAAGACAAGGCCAUCAAAGCCUAUGUGAUUCUGGACGAUCAGAGCAAUCGCUCACUCGUCAGUCCAGAGUUCUUUAAAUUGUUCAACAUUGAGAGUGAGCAGUUCCCAUACUACCUCAAAACUUGCUCAGGCAACAUGGAAACCCAAGGAAGGAAGGCAGAAGGCAUCCAGAUCGAGUCCCUGGAUGGUAAAGUCGUCAUCUGUCUCCCUCCACUCUUAGAGUGCGAUGGAAUCAUGAAUAACCGCACUGAGAUCCUGACACCAAGUGCGGCGCUACACCAGCCACAUCUCCACCACAUCGCCAAACACAUCUCAGAACUGGAUCCAAAAGCGGAAAUACUCCUGCUAUUAGGAAGAGAUGUAAUCCGGGUACACAAGGUUAGGCAGCAGGUCAAUGGACCACACGACACCCCCUUUGCACAACGCUUGGAUCUAGGCUGGGUGGUGAUAGGAGGGGUGUGCCCUGAAGACGUACACAAACCGAUGGUUAACACACUCAAGACCAAUGUGCUAGAGAGUGGCCGCCAUUCAAUCUUUCAACCCUGCCCGAGUGUCCCGUGCAUUAAGGAAGCACAACCAGAUGUUAACAAGCGUAAAGUAACUGACGAGACGCUAGGUCAGUCAGUUUUCGUUCAAACCGAGCACGGAAAUAAACUUGCACAAUCAGCUCAAGAUGCCAUUUCUUUAAAAACAAAGGACACCAAGGUCUUCAGGGCUGAAGCAAAUAAUGGGGUUGCCCCAUUGCCUUUCAGAGAACCACGCCAGCGCUCACCAGAUAACAAAGAGCAGGCAGUCAAACGGUUCACGUCCUUACGGAAAACUCGGAAAAGGAAACCUGAGAUGCAGCAACGCACCCGAUUGACCCACGAGGUACCGUGCACCCUAAUGGCAGAGGUCACAGCCAUUAUAAAUGCACAAUCACUCCUACCUGUGUCUUCUGACCCAGAAAACCCCUUCAUACUUUCGCCACCAAUGCUCCUUAUGCAGAAGGCAGGAGCUCCCCCUCCACCAGGAGGCUUCUCAGACGAGGAUUUGUACACAAAGCAAUGGAGACGAGUCCAGGCUCUGGCAAAUCAGCUCUGGUCUCGCUGGAGACAAAAAUAUCUACCCUUUUUGCAACAGAGACAAAAGUGGACAGAACCCUGCAGGAAUCUUCAAGUUGGAGACUUAGUCCCGCUCAGGGACAAGCAAAUCGCCCGCAACAGCUGGCCAAUGGCCAGAAUCACUGCUACAUUCCCUAGCGGGGAUGGACAUGUCAGGAAGAUCGAAUUGAAGACUACCGACCAAGGCGAUGUGAAAAUUUACCAAAGGCCAGUUACAGAAUUCUACUUCUACCUAAUGAUUGAUUAAGAGACUAAGUUUUGUACUCUGUUCAUUAUGACCUUAAGAAGGUCAAGCGGGGAGUGUGCUGUCUUUACGACAGUUAUUUAGUUUAUAAUAUUUUCGCUUAGUAAUUCAUUCGAUAGUAUUUUCUAGUUAGAAUUAGAAGUGUUUAAAGUAUAUUCAUUGCAUGUAAAAUAUAUCGGCAUGCGAUGACGUCACAUUCGGUUUCGCUGCGUCUUGUGGGAAAGUACCGGUUUGAAAUUAACGCGAGGGUGGGGGCUCACCAUGAGGCACACCUGAGCAGAAGUUGUUUUGCAGGCAUUAGAAAUCACAGUGAGAGCAACGCUGUAAGUUAAUAGAUAAUCGAUAUAUUGAACUAAGAUGUUACUGCCGACCCUGUUAAAAGUAACGACGGUCGAUAAUGUUUAUGCUUUCGUUAGUUAAAGAGUUGCAGAUAGUUUGCAUUGAAGUGUAUUUAAAGUAGUCAAUGGAGCAGGUAAACUCUGCCUGUAUACUGCACCUUAGUGUAAUGUAGUUAUAGUCACCUUUGCAAGUAUUUACAAUUGAAAUGUGACAUUAAGGAAGGAACAAAUACUGUAUCAAUCUUGUAUUGUUUUAUCAACAGUUUUCACCAUAUGUUAAUGUGAAGAGUGAACAGUAAAUGGUUAAUCUUACUGCGAUCUGGUUUCAUUGACUGUGGUUUAUCUCGACGUUGAAUUCGGCGUUAUUAGUACACGCGAAGGAGAACGUUACACAGGUAGAGACCGAGUACUGCAGCAGCAGCGGUGAGGACCACGAAAGUCAAAGGAGGAGAAGUGCUUACUGGACUGCUUUGCAUUGGUGGCUGGACAACAUACAGGAAUUUAUCUUUGAAUAUGAAUGAAUAUGCACAGUUGCCACUGACUUCAUCAUGACGUGUGUGCCUUUGAGAACAUACAAGGAAUACCAAACCCAAAAGCUGUGGGUAAACCCGGAGAUUCACAGCUUAGUGAGGGAUAGAUUUGUGGUGUUCAAGGCCGGUGCUGCAGAACUAUACAAGAAGUCCAGGUAGGCUAACUAUGGAGAAUUCUAAAAAAAGAAAAGUGACUGAAGAAAACAGAACGUUUAAUGAUACGUGGACAGAUUCAUUUGCUUUCACUGUUGACGAGACUGGUUUACCGGUAUGCUUAAUGUGCAAUGAGAAACUAGCAAACAACAAAAAGUCAAAUGUCGCAAGGCAUUUCCAGAAUAAACACGCAGCCUUUGCUCAAAAAUAUCUGGAUGGAGAUGAGAGAAAAAAAGCCGUUUCGGAACUGAUGCGUAAGGUUGAUCUGAGCAAAAAUCAUUUCAAGAAAUGGAUGAAGUCUGGAAAAUCAACUACAUAUGCUAGUUAUAUUGCCGCUCAGGAAAUAGACAGGCACGGGAAGCAGUUUACAGAUGGUGAAUAUAUAAAAGAAUCUUUCAUUAAGAUUUCAGAACAUCUAUUCACGGACUUUAAAAACAAGAGUGAAAUUGUGCAGAAAAUCAGGGAUAUGCCCCUCUCUGCAAAGACUGUCAAAGACACAACCAUAAAAAUGGCAGAAGACAUCACAAGACAGCAAAUUAAAGACAUCAAUUCAGCUGUGGCCUACUCGAUUGCCUGUGACGAGUCUAAAGACAAAGGUGAUAUUGAACAAAUAGCGCUGUUCUGCCGGUAUGUAAACUCGCCUGGCCACAGGAAGAACUGAUUGAGUUGAUACCUCUAAAAGGGGGGAGGACAUCUGUGAGGCUGUCUUGAAUUGUUUAAGAGCCAAAGGAAUAAAGACCACCCACCUGGUGUCAGUAGCUACUGAUGGGGCACCGAGUAUGACAGGAGCGCACAAGGGAUUUGUGGCUUUACUGCAGAAGUCGCUGGACAGAAAGCUGCUGACUUUUCACUGCAUCUUGCACCAAGAGGCACUGUGCGCUCAAACAUUUCCUCCGGAAUGCACAGAAGUAAUGGAUGUUGUCAUUCAGAUUGUCAAUAAAAUAAUGGCAAAAAGUUUAAAUCACCGUCAAUUCCGUUUGUUACUGGACGAGGUGGAAAGCGCAUAUUCUGAUCUCCUGCUGCACAACAAAGUCCGGUGGCUGUCCAGAGGGGAGGUGCUGAAACGCUUUGUCACGUGUCUGGAAGAAGUGAAAACUUUCCUGGGCAGCAAAGGGCUCACUUUUCCUGAGCUGGAACAGCCAGAGUGGCUGGAAAAGCUACACUUCAUGGUAGACAUGACAGCGCACCUGAACACGCUGAACACAGCUCUUCAGGGGAAAGGACGUACAGCCCUACACAUGUUGGAGGAUGUUUUGGCAUUCGAGCGCAAGUUGACAGUGCUUGCCAGAGAUUUACAGAAAGGCACUUUGUCUCACUUCCCCAAUUUGAGAGAGUUCAAACAAGGUCACGACAUGAUAAAUUCGGAGUAUUUACAUUCUGCAAUCAUCGCAAUGCAAACAUCGUUUGGGAAACGCUUCUGUGAGUUCAGAGAGGAAAAAAAACACAUUAUCCUUCUCAGUCACUCCCCUACUGAAUACGACUGCAUUGGCAGGUGUGAGUCAACCUGAUCUUGAGAUGGAACUGGCCGACAUAGCCGACAAAGACAUAUGGGUGUCCAAGUUUAGACACUUGACAGCAGACCUUGAAGAUGUUGCCCGUCAGAAGGCCGUUCUUGCUCAGAAUCACAAAUGGAGUGAUAUUGAAAACCUCCCCAAACCGGACAAACUUGUGUUCGAAACAUGGAAUGCUAUCCCCGACAUUUAUGUAAACAUUAAAAAGUAUGCGCUUGGAGUCCUGUCGAUCUUUGGAUCCACAUAUGUGUGUGAGCAGAUGUUCUCCAACAUGAACUUUAUUAAAAACAAACAUCAUGCACGCCUCACAGAUGACAGCUUGCAAUCCUGUGUAAAGAUGAAGGUGACGUCAUACAGCCCUGAUGUGCAGAUGCUGUGCGCUGAGGUCCAGGAGCAGAAAUCCCAUUAACCAAGUAUGAUAAAUAUUUUAAUUGCCUAUUAUUUUACGUAUAUUCAUAUUUUUUCAUUGUUCAGUGAAAUAGUCCUUUUAUUUUUCAGGUUGACAGCUGGCUGACGUUAUUUUUGGUUUGCUGCUGGCGGAAAAUUUAAGUUCGGUGUUUUUCAUAAAUACAAGAAGGACUCAAAUAGACAUUGAGUAUUUUACUUAAAAGUAACCUUCAACCCAAUGUCUUUUUUUCGGAGUUCAAAAUGUUUUUGUUGCAUGCAGAAAUGUAAUUUCGUUUUCUCUGCAGGAGUUCAUCAAUUUCAUAAAUGCAACACAUUAUAGUUUGUUUAUACAUAGCAUAAAGGCAAAAAAAACGUUGUAUGCAGUGUUAUUUCAUUUUAUAUGUCAAACGGGUUUUGUGGCUCCCAGUGUUUUCUUUUCUGUGGGAAACGGGUCCAAGUGGCUCUUUCAGUGGUAAAGGUUGCUGACCCCUGCCCUAGAGCAAGGUGUUUAGAUGGGGUGGAGUUUGUUAGGUGUGUUCAGGAAGGUUUCUUGACAAUAUGUAGAUACACCUACAAGAGAAGAGGCUGUACUUGAUCUGGUAUUGGGAAACGAACUUGGUUAGGUAUCAGGUCUUUCACUGGGAGAGCUUUUUGGAGAUAGUGAUCACAACUCUAUCUCCUUUAACAUAGCAUUGGAGAGGGAUAGGAACAGAUAAGUUAGGAAAGUGUUUAAUUGGUGUAAAAGGAGAUAUUAAGCUGUCAGGCAGGAAAUUGGAAGCACAAAUUGGAAACCGAUGUUCUAGGGAAAUGUACAGCAGAAAUGUGGCAAAUAGUCAGGGGCUAUUUGCGUAGUGUUCUGCAUAGGUACAUUCCAAUGAGACAGGGAAAAUAGGGUAGUGUACAGGAACUUUGGUGUAUAAAGGCUGUUGAAAAUCUAGUCAAGAAGAAAAGAAAAGCUUACAAAAGUUUCAAAAAAAUAGGUAAUGAUAGAGAUCUAGAAGAUUAUAAGGCUAGCAGGAAGGAGCUUAAAAAUAGAAUUAGGAGAGCCAGAAGGGGCCAUGAGAAAGUCUUGACGAGCAGGAUUAAGGAAAACCACAACGUAUUCUACAAGUAUAUGAAGAGCAUGAGGAUAAGACAUGAGAGAAUAAGACCAAUCAAGUGUGACAGUGGAAAAGUGUGUAUGGAACCAGAGGAGAUAGCAGAGUUACUUAAUGAAUACUUUGCUUCAGUAUUCACUACAGAAAAGGAUCUUAGUGAUUAUAAGGAUGAGUUAAAGCAGAUUGAAAAGCUUGAGCAUAUAGACUUUAAGAAAGUGGAUGUGCUGGAGAUUUUGGAAAGCAUCAAGUUGGAUAAGUCUCCAGGACCGGAUGAGAUGUACCCCAGGCUACUGUGGGAGGCGAGGGAGGACAUUGCUGAGCCUUUGGCAACGACCUUUGCAUCAUCAAUGGGAACAGGAGAGGUUCCAGAAGAUUGGAGGGUUGCAGAUGUUGUUCCUUCUUUCAAGAAAGGGAGUGGGAUAGCCCAGGAAAUUAUAGACCAAUGAGUCUUACUUUAGUGGUUUGUAAGUUGAUGGAGAAGAUCCUGAGAGGCAGGAUAUCUGAAUAUUUGGAGAGGCAUAGUAUGAUUAGGAAUAGUCGCAAGGCUUUGUCAAAGGCGGGUCAUGCCUUACGAGCCUGAUUGAAAUUUUUUUGAGGAUGUGACUAAACACAUUGAUGAAGGAGGAGCAGUAGAUAUAGUGUAUGUGGAUUUCAGCAAGACAUUUGAUAAGGUACCCCAUGCAAGACUUAUUGAGAAAGUAAAGAGGCAUGGGAUCCAAGGGACCUUGCUUUGUGGAUUCAGAACUGGCUUGCCCACAGAAGGCAAAGAGUGGUUGUAGACGGGCCAUAUUCUGCAUGGUCGGUGACCAGUGGUGUGCCUUAGGGAUCUGUUCUGGGACCCCUACUCUUUCUGAUUUUUAUAAAUGACUUGAAUGAGGAAGGGGAGGGAUUGGUUAGUAAAUUUGCUGAUGACACAAAAGUUGGGGGUGUUGUGGAUAGUGUGGAGGGCUGUUGGAGUUUACAGUGGGACAUUGAUAGGAUGCAAACAGGUCUGAGGUACCUCAAGAGAUCCAGUAAAGAAGAGUUGGUUAAUUUCAGAUGUCUAUCUGCAUCCUUCUCCUCUCACAGCCAGGAGGUUUGCUAUGCUCUUGAUUGUCUUGUGAUAUCCUGCAGUACUAAAUUUUAGUCAUUUCCUCAUUCUGGGCCUUUGGUGAUGGAUGCUGCUUUCCAGUGGGAGCGCUCCAUGUAAAUAUGUGAGGUGACCGAUAUAGCCUGGGGAGGGGCCAGUAAGAGUGUGGACAGCAUGGUUACGGGUGAAAGGGUACAGGCUUGCUCUGUGGACUGGUAUAGUCUUGAUGGGCUGCAUGGUCUUGUCUGUUGUAUGGAACUAUUCACCUUUUGUCCUGUGAACCAAGCAUUGCCUUGCUCACUGGGGAGAUGAGUAAACACAUCACCAGCUGGAUCAACACGACAGCUUGUUGCAAUCCAUGGCUUGUAGUGACUUUCAUGAGAACUGGAUCUGGGUUCUGCUUAGAACAAAAUACAAAAACACUUCUCUAUUUAACAUAACUUUCCUACUUCCUGGAGCUGUAUUUACUGUUCGUACAUUUCUUCUUUUACUUGUGUUUUCAUGUGUGGUCACUUGACAAAUUUUAGAAAUAAGAAACAGCUCAGCAGAGAAGGGGUAAUGUUGCUUGAGAUACUCAAUUGCAACUGCACUGAAGAAAGAAUUCUUUUCAGUUCCAGAUUGCUGAGCCAUGUUUACAUUGCAAGUCAAAUAGAUCAUUCAUAAUUUAUUGGUUUGUUGUUUUGCAUUGUCAUAUGUACCAAGGUACAGUGAAAAGCUUGUCUUGCAUACUGUUCAUACAGAUCAACUCAUUAUACAGUGUGACAAGAUAAAACAAUAACAAUGCAAAAAAAGUGUUAGUUACAGAGAAAGCGCAAUGCAAGUAAACCAUAAAAUGCAAGAUCAUAAUGAAGUAGAUUGUGAGGUCAAGAGUCCACUUGAUUUACUAUCCCAACUAAUCACUUCUUAUAUUAAAUCACAAGAUUCACACUUUGGACUUAAACACCUCCUGUAUCAGGUGAGACUGGACUGCAGAGAAAAAACUCUUGGCCUUCCAGCUGUUUACAGAGUUCUUUUGAAGACCCUAACCUGGAGAUACACUCUGACUUCAGUUCUUUGCGGGAACGGGACCCGCUCUCAGGGUCUCAUGACUGGCUGCUAUUCAAUUUACCAACUAUACAGCCUCGAAGACCAGCAUGCCUUCAGGAUUCCAGGAUUUCAUGGGUUUGGAGGCGGGCAAACUGGUGGUCAAUGUCUCCACAGGAAAUUGGUGUGUCGUGAGAGUCGGAUGAUCGAAAGGAACAAGCUGGCUGCUGGCUCUGUGCCCAAAGACCUGAGUUCAUUGGGCACUGAGUUCAGAAAAAGUGAUGCAACAGACUUUUAACAUAGUAAAUCACCGAGUUGUUUUUGAUAUGUUCCCCUCUCGCUGUGAAAUGUGGACACUUCUUUUUCCUUUACUAGGGAGAGAGAGCCUUUAGUAUAUUGAAUUAUCGGGUGAAUGGGUAGUCCUUGAGGUACUGCAAGUCUGUGUCUUUAUUGAUGUUUUGCUAAGCACUUGAGUGCUUGGUGGGGGGCGCCGACGUUUUUUUUGCUGGUGGUGGAGGGGGGGAUCGUUGU